CUACACAGACUUUUCCCCCCUUCAUUGAAACCAAACUUGUGGUCCUCAGGUAUUUCCCUUAUGUCAGGGGCUUGGUCCAUACCUCAUCAAAGGAGUGGUAUGUUCUUAUGUCUUAGCUAGGCCUCCUGACAUUCACUCUGUAACCUGUCUUCCUCUGUCCUACAACCAUGGGGUGCCUAUGUUCCGGAUUUCUACUCUGUGUCUUCUUCUUGCUCUGCUUGGAAAGCAAAGCUCUGGAACAAUCAAGAACAGCUGCUGCACAUGCAGCAGGCCUGUGCCAGACACGUCCCACUGACUUGAUCUUCAUCGUUGACAGCUCCCGCAGUGUAAGACCAUCUGAAUUUGAGCAGGUCAAGAUCUUCUUGUCAAAAGUGAUUGAGACUUUGGAUGUUGGUCCCAAUGCCACACGUGUUGGAGUGGUGAACUAUGCCAGUUCUGUCAAAAACGAGGUGUCCCUCAAGACCUACCGCAACAAAGCCACCCUUCUACGAGCAGUGGCAAAGAUUGAGCCAUUGUCCACAGGAACCAUGACAGGGCUUUCCAUCCAGUUUGCAAUGAAUGUAGCAUUCAGUGAGGCUGAGGGAGCCCGUGUUCGUUCACAAGGAGUUAGUAAGGUUGCCAUCAUAGUGACCGACGGCCGACCGCAGGACAACGUGAAGGAAGUUUCGGCGCGCGCCCGGGACGCCGGCAUCGAGCUGUUUGCCAUCGGCGUGGGGCGCGUGGACAUGAACACGCUCAAGCAGAUCGCGAGCGAGCCGCUGGAGGAGCACGUCGACUACGUGGAGAGCUACGGCUUCAUUGAAAAGCUCACCAAGAAGUUCCAGGAGGCAUUAUGUGUUUCAGACCUGUGUGCCACUGGGGACCAUGACUGUGAACAGAUCUGUGUCAGUACUCCAGGGUCUUACAAGUGUGCCUGCAAUGAUGGCUUCACUCUCCAGGAAGAUGGCAAAACAUGCAGUGCCUGCACUAGUUCCACUGAUGUGGUUUUCUUGAUUGAUGGUUCCAAGAGUGUGCGUCCUGAAAACUUUGAGCUGGUCAAGAAGUUUAUCAACCAGAUUGUGGAUAAAUUAGAUGUUGAUCGCAACAAAGCGCAGGUGGGCCUGGUGCAGUACUCCAGCUCUGUGAGGCAGGAGUUCCCACUUGGACGCUUCAGCAGCAAGAAAGAUCUGAAAGAUGCAGUGAAAAAGAUGUCAUACAUGGAGAAGGGUACUAUGACUGGCCAGGCUCUGCAGUAUCUAAUCAGCAACAGCUUCAACCCCAGCCAUGGAGCCCGUCCUGGUGUGCCCAAAGUAGGCAUUGUCUUUACAGAUGGUCGUUCCCAGGAUUAUAUUGGAGAUGCAGCAAAGAAAGCCAAAGAACAUGGGUUUAAAAUGUAUGCUGUUGGUGUGGGCAAUGCUGUGGAAGAUGAACUGAAGGAGAUAGCAUCAGAUCCAGUUGCAGACCAUUAUUUUUAUACAGCAGAUUUCAAAACAAUAAAUCAGAUUGCAAAGAAGCUUCAUGUAAAAGUCUGUGAAGAAGAGAAUCCAUGUGAAUGUGAGUCUAUAGUAAAGUUCCAGAAGAAAGUAGAUGAUGCCAUACAGCAACUAAUGAAAAAAUAUAUCCUUUUUCACUGUCACACAUAG